AGCUCCUCAUUAAGCUAAUGCACUGAUCUGAGAUCUGAUACAGCGUCAGACGCGGAGCAACAGCUGCUGAGAGCCAGCGACAGACGCCAUGCAGAAACGCGCCGCAGGUGAGACAUCUGAUGCUCCGCGAUGAUGAGGAUGAGGAUGAAGGGCUGCGCUGAUCCGCGGACUGUGGCGAAGACGCGGCUGUAAUGAUGGCGGUGUUUGUGGUGUCUGGAGCGCUUCUGGUGCUGGCCAUCGUGUGUAUGUCCGACAUGAAUGCGCUGCUGGACCGAUUUCACAACUUCAUCCUGCCGCGCAUGCGCGGACCGGAGCGCGUGUGUCACUGCACCUGCGGCAGGCACCAUGUGGAGUACGUGAUCCCGUACGAGGGCUCGGGCUCGGCGAGCUCCGUGGGUUCCUCCGCCGGGAGCAGCGUGAGCAAGCAGGAGCUGGACCUGGUGCUGGGUCUCCUCAUGGGCUUCUGCAUCAGCUGGAUCCUGCUGUGGCUGGACGGAGCUCUUCACUGCGCUCUGCGCUUAUGGAGGUCCAGCAGACACUACGGUGCGGACGGCGAUGUGUGGCGCUCGUGGCGCUGGGUGUCGCGCGUGUGUAGCCUGCGAGAGCUGCGCAGACGCCUGCAGACACGCCAGACGGAGGAUGGCGGGAAUAACGUGGUGCAUGUCAAACAGAAGCUCUUCCACAACGGCCACCCGAGCCCCCGACGCCUCUGACAGACCCUCUGUUGUCCCGAGUGUUCGUUUUCUAGGGUCCACACGUCACCGGGGGUUGCAUUUUUUAAACCAAUCUUUGUGUACCGGGUAACAGUGUCUGUUUUAGAAGCACGGCAUGCUGGGUAGUCUUCGGCGAGCAGGUGUUGAUGAGAUCUGCUGCUGUAUUCAGUGUUUGUGUGACAUUACAGCGACUCGUCGGAUGCAGCGCACGGGGCUUGGGUUCCAGCCGUCAGAUGGUGUUCACGGUUCUUCACCAGGACAAACUCCAGAACG